CGCCUAUACGUAGAAACGUAUGGCCCUGUAUGGCCCGUAUGGCUUCCAAGUAUAGCUGUUGUAUUAUGUGUGAAGGUUAGGAGCAGUUAAGCGAUCAAACGUGGGUUAGGUGAAAAUAACAGCUCCUGUCACAAUGUAGUGUAUAAUAAUGCUGUGAUACUACGGCAGCAAACGUAUAUUGAUAUACGCGUAUAUUUCAACAUCCGUGUGAUCCACCACAGAAUACAUGGAUGUUGCGAACGGACAAAAGCCCCUUAGUGGGCAGCCUCCUGCCAUUGGUAGUUCAGGAUUGGAUAAGGGGAAAAUGCCAAAAAUCUGCGAUAAGAGGUUUGCUAUAGACAGUGCAGAAAAGAGUCAACUACAAAAAUGUUUAGAUACUUUGCAACAUUCCAUAAAAGUGACCUCCUUGCAAUCCAUGGUGGAACGCUUGGAAAGUUUAACUAGACAAUUGGGAUUAAAGUUUAUGAUGUCUGGUCCACCAGGUACAGAGUUGUUUAUAUCUUCUGAUAUGUUUUUUUUGGAAGUUCUUUUGGAACCGACAGGUGUAGUUAAAGAUGUAAAAAUUCAUCAUGAAGGAAAAAAUGAACAGCAGAGCUGUGAUGUGUUGGUAUCUUGUUUGUCACGAGGAGACUUCCUAGAUUUUACAGUACAAUUAGAAGGUUUAGCAUCAAUAUAUCAGUUAAAUGCAGAUAAGAAGGUAAAGUGUAAAGCAUUCAGUGCUUUACAGUCGCUGGAGGCUGAUCUGGGUAUUUUAGCUCAAUUGCAGACAUUUAUUAAGGAACCAUUUAAUCUUGUUCAUAAAAGCCCAGUCGGGAUCCUCGAGCGAAGGAGGGGAGGUCAUGCGAUGAAAUUGACAUAUUUUGUUUCUCCUUAUGAUUUAAUAGAUCAGGAGAAUCGUACCUGUGAUGCACUGAAUUCAGAAAUAGUUAUCAAACGGAAAGUUGGUCAUUCCGUUACAGUUUGUAUGGAAGGUUCGACUGCUCACAAGUUGCCUACAUCUAGUAUCAUAACUGUAAAUAGAAGUCCCACAGGAAAAAGUACUCCGUCUUAUGCUCCAUUAACUGGUACAAAUUCAUCUGUAUUACCUGCUUGCUUUGUAUUGAAACUUGUUAAAAAAAUGCCAAUGUGUAUGGAACUAUUACGUAGGAUACAGAAGGUCACAGAGCUCGAAUGCGCAGACAUAUCUGCGCCGCAUCCAUUACUUAGUUUGAUUAUUCAACACGCCAGCGAUGGUCAGCUGGAUUGUCGAAACAAUAGAGGACUUUAUGUUACUUUACCAGAUCAGCAGCACUGCUACUUUAUGACAGAGAAUAAAAACAUGGAAGGUGUGUUAGUGUGCAGCAUUCCUUUCACGCAUCCGGCACAUGUCCCACAAAUCUUGGUAUAUUUACGUCAACAGGCGUUGUUUAAUACUUUAAUCGCUAGUUGCGUUAGACCUAUGGCUCGACACGAUCCAGAACACGCGACCAUAUUUGAAGUGAGUGCUCUGUCAUGGCAACACAUAUCGGUAAGUUUGGAGCAUCCUUUCGAAGAGACAAUGGCGACGGCAGAGCUGGAUUUGACGGAUAUCUCCGCGUUGAAAUGCAAAUUAUAUGGCAUCAGCAUAACGAACACGGAGCGAACGUCUGAUCUCACUGGAAAAGUUCUACAGAAAUGUCUGAGUAUACCUCUUACAAUGAGAAUUCUCAUGAAAUCGUGGGAGAGUCGGGAUGCUUUGAGCACGAUGAAUAAUAUGAAUAGCGGAAACGGAAAUUAUAACGUGAAUCUUGGUUCCGGAAAGGAUCAGAACAACCAGAACGGUUCCGGAAUGCCGGAUUUUACGAACGGAGAGACAAAAAUAAAGCAGGAGCCCGGUUUGAAUAACGGGAACGGAACCAUGGGUAGACAGCAGUCGUCGCAGCAACAACAGCCGCAACAGCAGCAGCAGCAGCAACAACAACAACAGCAGCAGCCUUUUUUAGAUGCCGGAACGGAGAAUAGUAUCGGUUUUCCGUCAUAUUCCGGCCAAUCCGAUACCACAACUACUGCAAUGCUAAAUCCCCUGCAAUUGGGAGCAUUACUUGGACAAGCAAAAAACUCUUUGGCCAAUCCUAUCAAUGAACGUACAAAAAAGACGCGCAAAAGAAAAACUGCAGAUGGUAUUUGGCGGAGUCCUAAGAGAAAAGGAGAUGAGACCGCGGAGAUAUUAUUGGAGAGCUCCAGUUCGGAUUCAACGCCGCUCGGUACGCCGACUGGUGGACGGGAAAGUUUGAACGAAACAAGGACAUCCACACCGACGUCCGCCACGAGUUUAACCGGCGGUUUGGACUUUUCUAAUCUGGAUUCAACGGACAUUUUAGGAACGGACAAAAGCUCCGAUUACGAUUUCGACAACGAGAGUGAGAUAACGGAAGUUCACGACCUGCAGGAUGUCGAGGAAUUGAUCAAAAGAGAUCGCAAGUCGAGGAAAAGAGAAGAGAAAAAGAGCCCGAUUAUAUUCGACGAGAAUAAAAGUUUGGUGCCACCGUCAGUAAGUAUAACGCCAAUUACAAGCAGUAGUUUGGGUCAAACUACGAACUAUAACUCUGUACUUACGGGGAUGGGUUUGGAAAGGAGGCCAGGUAUUGAAAUAAUACCAAUCGCGUCUUCCCCGCAAACUACUUUACCAAGUUCUAUUACUAUAACUCCAAUAGCUGGUCCAACGCAGUCUAAGAGUCUGACCGAUGAGCGUAGAGAGAGAAAGAGUUCGAAGGGAAAGUCGACGGAGGAUAAGGGAAAGUUGGAAAAACGACGUAAGCGAAAGAGAGAGGACAGUCCUAUGGGACCGCCGCCGGACAAGAUACCGUCUAAACAGGAUCCUUUGUCGAAACCGGUAUCGGUGAGCAUCAAACCGACCGAAUCGCCACCGAAUUUGAGCUCACGGCCAUCCUCGCCCGCGACGACACUAAGAAAAUUUAGCCCGUCUCCGACGCAUACCAGUCCGCUUGCUCUCGUAGGUAAGUCCAGUCCUACAUUGAAACAAUCAACAAACAAGCCAGUGCAAAGUCCAAAGCACUCUCCGGUCUAUAGCAGUAGCCCGAAGCACACGCCAGUACCUGCGAGCGUGAGCCCAAAGCAUGGCACGUCAUCGCCGAAGCAUGGGAGUUCAGCGAGCACCGGUAAACCGAGUAUGUCUGCGCUGAAAUCCGCUGCGAAUUCACCGUCUAGUAAAACCACCGAUUCCGGACAAUCCAAAAUAAAGUCUUCCUCUUCGUCCUCGAGCAAAGACUCGAACCGAGAUAAGGAAAGAAAGACAUCGUCGUUGACGUUCGGUGGAUCGAGCGGCCAUCAAAGCCCGAAAACAAAGUCCUCUAGCGGUAAGUUAAAACAAUUGGAAUUAAUUCCUAGCGGGGAAACGCAGACCAGCUUGCCCAAUAGCGGUGGUAGCACACCACCAUCCGGCAGUUCGGAACUCGGGAAGUCGGCUAUCGCGCAGCAACAGGCAAGAAAUAGAAAGGGCUCGUUAAGCGCCGUCAUUGAUAAACUGAAAAAUGCUCAGCAUUGUACGGAGGACAGUGGCAAUGGCGGGACGAAGUCUACAACUAGCGGAAGUGGUAACUCGAGUGGUCAGAAAGAGAGAAGUGUUGGAAGUUCGUCGAACAAAGCUACAGACGGAAAGUGCAUUAGCAAGAACUCAUCCAUGGAGUCGAAAAAUCCUGCCGAGUACAUGGUGAAACAUAGUUCCGACGGGAUGAAAAUAACUAUCAAUAAAACUCGCACAAAAGAUUCGAAGUCUGGAACGAACCUGAAAAUGUCCUCAUCCUCAGCGUCUGUUGCAGCCGGUGCAUCUUCGAGUUCGUCUACUUCGUCGACUUCGAUGUCGGGAAACGGUUCACCGAAAACGCACACCGGCUUGAAACCAGGUGUCAGUUCUGGUCCUGCGUCGAAGAAGCCUCCGUCUCAGACGUCUCCGAAAUUGUCUGGAUCCUCGUCUUCCGGUUCCGGCAGCAGCAGCGGCAGCAAAGCUACGUUACUGGGGCAGAAAAUGUUGUCGGCUUUGAAAUCCAUAUCAGGACCGAAUUCCAGCAGCGGUAACGGUGCCGGGGGACUGAACGUUGGCGGUAGUAGUAGCGGUGGACUACUUUCUAAAAACGUUAUGUCCUCGAAGUCCUCCUCAAGCUCUCCGAAGACAACUAGUUCGGGUGUGACGGAUCUCAGUCGGAGUCGCGAUAAAUCUCGGUUAUCGAAGUCCAGCGAUAAAAGCUUAUUUCCGUCGAAAGGUAUCGGAGACACCAGGAAAUCAAGUCCUUCUGGUCUACGGGAGGAGAGCGAAACCGAAAGAGCGUUCAAGCUUCUGGCUGCUCACGCUACCAUGUCCAACUUGUCGAGUUUGCCUAAUCUACCGCCGCAGUUGGUAGUCGAAGGACUGAUGAAACAGUUGGACACUAACUUCCAGAUACCCAAGCUGUCCGCCAGAGCCAACGCGGAUUCUAGCGAUAAGAAAUCGGAGAAGCUUUCCAUGCUUCCCGAGGCCGGGAAAACUCUGGACAGUAUAACGACGAAGCAAACGACGGAGCAGGGGAAAUUGCAAACGAUACCGAACACCUCGUCGACGGUUUCGAAAGCAACGUCGGACGAUCAGUCGAGCCAGGGUAGACGUGAUCACGUGCAAACGAAGCCCGACAAUCUAUCCAUGACAAGCGCAGCCUCGGUAAUGUCUAUGAAUCUCGGCGCCGACAAUCCCACCAAUCUUUUGCUUCCCCCGAGCAACAGCUCGCACGACAUGGACGUACCCACGAAUCUCUCGAUGCAGCCGACCGAGAACGAGUCCCGCGAUUCCUGCAAAGAGUCAUCAUCAAUGAGUAGAGGUAACACGCCGUUUCUGAGCAGCACUCUAAACUCCACCGCCGGUGUCAAGGACGACGCAGCCGGCGGUGGGUCGGUAAUGGCCGUUCUACCUAAAAGUUCAAAUGCUCAGUCUGCCAGCAAACCCGUGUACUCUACCAUGAUGACGACAGGCGCUAUAGCCAGCGGCAACGGGACGAGUGCCUCGAGUUCUGCUAACGGGAACACGGAAAGCUUGAACCUAAGCAUCAAGCCGGUUGAUGCGAACCUGCCGAAGUAUAAAUCGGACGAAAAGAAGCAACAACAGUCACAGCAACAACAGCCACCGCCGCAACAACCACAGCAGCAGCAGCAACAACAACAACAACAACAGCAGCAACCACAGCAGCAACAACAAUCACAGCAACAGCAAGUAUCGUCUUCCGGAGGAUCCACCAGCUCCACUUCCUUAGGAACCGUUGUGUCUUCGGAGAGCUCGUCGAACACGAUGAAAUCAGCUGGAACAGAAAUACCACCGACGACAUCCCAGGAGGCAGCGGAGAUGCUGUUGGAUUUCUCCACCCCGAAAGACGUCGCGAAGAGCUUGAACUUCACGAGCAUUCCCGAGAGAGCGAUGACCCAGGCGGCCUCGGUACGCAGGAACACCCCACCACCCCCUCCACCCGCGUUCCCGGCGAGUCCAUCCGUGAGCGUGCACAUUGUAAAAAGUCCCGCACCCUCGCCAAGGGUUAUACCGCCGUCGCCUCACUCCGCCUCGCCGUGCAUCACCGACGACGAGCUGAUGGACGAGGCGCUGGUGGGAAUGGGCAAAUGAAGGUUACUGAAACUCUAGAUUUUAAUUCGAUCCGCGAGAGUCGCGUUCGCGUAGCA